AUGCCGUCGUUUUAUACACCCGUAGCCAUCUUGGCUCAAGCCAUUUUUUGCUUGAGUCGGCCGCGGCCCGCACGCUCUUUCGCUUCGGUCGAGAGUGCGAUGGCGCCCCUGGAUGUGGCGCGGCUCCCGCCAGCUGCGCUGGCAGCGUUGGGCGGGGUCUCGGCAGUGUUGGCACAGGCGGGCUCGGAGGAGGGCGUCUCGUUGCGGCGCGCCUGUGCGCUCGUGUCUGCCGCUGUGCGAGGGGCGGCGCAGGCGGCAGUGGGAGUCUCCCCCCACGGUGCCGUCGAAGUCGUCCAGGAGGUCGUGGACACGGUGUACGCGGAGUUGGGGGGCGACCGGAACGUGGGGAGCGCCAAGCUGUCGCUCAGCGCCCACGGCCCGGAUGGUAAGAAGCUCGCCAAGCGUUUGGGGCGGGCUUCGAGGGCCAGGAAUUGGGACGCCCACCCUGACAAAGCGUACUUGGCCGCGGAUGUCAAGAAGUUCGCCGAGAAGGCUGAGGCAUCGGCGGCUGGCAGGCAGGCGGCGGCCAAGCUCGCAGCGAAUUCGGACUUUGACACGGCGGCGGAGGACGACACGUCGGCGGAGUCCGAGGCGACGCAGGUGAAGCAGCUGAAGGGAGAGCUGCAAGUUUUUCGAUGA